AUGCGCUCUUUAACCCAUAUCGACUACAAGCUGCGAUCAGAAGAGUCGUAUUCGGCCCCCUUGCCUGCGCCGAUCCAUACUAUCCACCGAAUCCCUCUAUACGGCAGCCCUCGAUCUCCACAGGUCUCUAAACCCCACUCUUUACGAAAAGCCAGGGCUAGUUCGCCGAGAGAACUCAUGACUGUAGACUAUAGGUAUGACGAGGAAUCAGAAGAGUAUCGUUCAAGUUUUGUCCUAUCAGACAUAUUCGAGGACGAUGAAACGGAAAUUGAGAUAUCACCGAUCCUCCCCUCUACUUCAUCCACGCAUCGUCCAGAGGGAACCAACCGUGGCGGGAUGCGAUACAAACGUACCUUGUCAGCGUGGGUCGCGGUGCGUGUGAAGGGUUAA